UAUAAAUUUUUGUUACAAUAACAUAAAUUGUUGGAAAAUUUUGGAAUGAGGUAACAGGUCUUAGAGGUUUUGCUGUAUUUUACCGAUUAUGUUCUCUGGCUGUAAUAAUGUGUACACUUGAAUUUGAACAUACGAAUAAUGGAAACUAACCUAGAAGGGUCAAUGUAAACAACAUUUAUAAUAAUUUAUGUUUAAAAUAAUUUUAAUAAUAAAUUGAAAGACUAUGGAAUUUAUGAAAAUUCCAUUUUAUGGUUUUAAAGUGAGUUUAAGUCACACAUAUCCAGAAAAACGAUCGCAAAAUGCUAAACCCAAAUGGCACCAAUUAUGGUCAAUAUUACCGGUAAUUUUUAGGUAUUUAUACUAUUAUUGGAAAUUAUAUCGAAAAGGUAGAAAACCGAUAAUGGAUUUUUUGUAUACUGAAAAUGGAAAACAAAUUUAUGGUGUACCUAUUGGUGGAUUAGGAAGUGGAUCCAUUGGUCGUGGAUAUCGUGGUGAAUUCUGUCGAUUCCAAUUAAAACCUGGAAUUUAUGAAUAUAACACUGUCUACGCGGAUCAAUUUAUCGUUACCAUAAAAGAUGCGGAUAAGAAAACAAUUUUUCAAAGUCUGUUAUCGACCUAUGAAGCACCAAAAAACGUUCUACAAUCUUGGAAAUCAUUAAUUGAUGGAUCCAAAUGUAACUAUGUAGGAUUGUAUCCACGUGCGUGGACUGAAUACAAUUUAACAGAGUAUGGAAUUAAAUUGUUAUGCCACCAAAUUUCACCUGUUAUCCCAAAAAAUUAUAAAGAUAGUUCCUUACCAUGUGCCGUAUUUGUAUGGACAGUUGAAAAUACUUGUGAUGAAGACAGAAUAGUGACGAUUAGCUUUACAUUUAAGAAUGGCGUAGAAAAUAUUCAUGAUUCUGGAGAAUGCACUACAUCUUCGUUUGACACCAGCGAGAUAGAUGGAUUAACCCUAAAACAUGAAAUCCACAAUAUGGAAUGCACUUACGCAUUAGCUGCGAAAAAAUCUGAAAAUAUAAAUAUUACAAAAUGUAAAAAUUUUAAUCCAUCUGGUACGGGUGAAAAUGUCUGGUUAGACUUAUCAAAAAACGGACAAUUUACAAAAACGGAUUGCAUGCAAAAAGAUUAUACAAGUGAUUUUGAGGAUGUUGGAAUCGGUAUUGCAUGUCAAACACACGUUUCACCUAAAACUAAACAAGAUAUCGAAAUGUCAUUGGUUUGGCAUUUGCCUGAAGUAUAUUUUGGGUCAAUGUUAUCACAGUUGUAUGAUAAAUAUUAUACGAAUUUUUGGGAUUGUCCUAAAGAGAUUUCAAAUUACGCAUUAUUAAAUUAUAAAAACUGGGCACAAGAAAUAUUUAAGUGGCAAAGUUCAGUAUUAGAUGAUCUUGAAUUACCAGAAUGGUAUAAAAGUGCCAUUUUUAAUGAAUUAUAUUAUGUUUCCGAUGGUGGAACAGUAUGGCUUAAAUUAACUCCAAAUGAAAUUGAAAAUAAAUUGCCAGGCGAUCCAAGAUUGAAAUAUGGUAGAUUUGCUUAUUUGGAAGGUCAUGAAUAUCGAAUGUAUAACACAUACGACGUACAUUUUUACGCAUCAAUUGCAUUAGCUAUGCUGUGGCCAGAACUACAGUCGGUGAUCCAACAUGAUUUUCAUGAUUAUGUAUACGUUGAACUUCCACAAAAAUACCGUGCAUUAUAUGAUGGACAUCUUGUCGAACGUAAAGCUAAAAAUAGUGUUCCUCAUGAUUCGGGAGAUCCAGAUGAAUGUCCAUUUACUUUAAUAAAUGGCUACCCAGUGCAUGACGUAAGUGAAUGGCGUGAUUUAAAUUCCAAAUUUGUUUUAACUGUAUUUCGUGAUUAUAAUAUUAAAGUUGGCGAUAAAGAUUAUCUAAAAUAUAUGUACGAUGCAUGUCGAACUGUAAUGGAACGUUCCAUAGUUUGGGAUACUGAUGGUGAUGGUUUGAUUGAAAAUAAUGGAACACCGGAUCAAACAUAUGAUUUAUGGAUUAUGAAGGGGGCUAGUUCAUAUUGCGGUGGAUUAUGGUUAGGAGCAUUAUUUGCAAUGACGCAAAUGUCAAAAAUUUUAGAAAAUACAACCGAUUUUGAUCGAUAUAGUAAUCUAUUCAAACGUGCGUUAAUUUCAUUCGAUAAGAAAUUAUGGAAUGGUACUUAUUAUUUAUUCGAUACCGACAGUAAAAUGAAUGAUAGUAUAAUGGCGGAUCAAUUGUGUGGUCAUUGGAUGACGCGAUGCAGUGGAUACAACUAUAACGUAUUUCCAGAGGAAAAAGUAAAAUUAGCAUUAAAAACAAUUUACAAAAAUAAUGUUUUAAAAUUUGGUGAUGGUAAUAUGGGAGCUGUGAAUGGUUAUUUACCAGAAGGUGGUGUUAACUGCACUUCACUUCAAAGUGAAGAAUGCUGGACUGGGGUCACGUAUAGUUUAGCAUCUACAAUGAUAUUUGAGGGAAUGCUCAAAGAAGCAUGGCAAACCGCUGGUGGUUUGUUUAAAUCAAUGACAGAAGAUUUUGGAAUGGCAUAUGAGACACCUGAAGCAGUUUAUUUAACUAAAUUUUAUCGUUCAAUUGGUUAUAUGCGUCCUUUAAGUAUAUGGUCAAUGCAAUUAGCAUGGGAGAGACGUAAACAAUUAGGAACAAAUUGUUAAAAUUCGAUUUAUAAGUAGUUUCCAAUUUUUCUGUUUCUUGGAAUUUCAAGCACAAUUAUUGGAAAAUGUUUAUUUGGUUUUCCAAUUAAAUAAUUAAUCACGUUUGAAUAAUUUUAAAGAAAAAGUUACCAUUUUAUUAAAAUAUCACGAUUUUCCCAAUUACGAUUACCAUUCUUUUAAAAAAAAUCUCCACCUUCCCCUUAGGAUACCAUUCCCUAGUUCCUUCGUUUUAUUAUAUCAGUUUAUGUUAGUUCGGAUUAGUUCUUAGUCGAUGUACAUGUCGUAACCAAGAAAAUGCCAAUUGCCGUUGUUAUGAAGAAAAUGCUAUUUAAUGACGAAACAGGAAAUUCUAGCGAAAACAUGAAGUCAUUCCUGUUUACACGUUUAUCCAUAACUCGAGAUUCAGACAUAACAGCUUCACAAAAAACUAGCACAGUUUAUAUUAAAGGCUUAUAAAUAACUGUACCUAUUUACAAAACAUUCCUGUUUUUAGUUUUUGAGAUAAUUAACAAAAAUUAUCACAAAUUGUUUGAAAUUUAAUGUAAUUGUAUUACGUUUGACAACAUUGCAAUAUGUUGAAGAUAUGUCUUUGCCAGAAGAACCGAUUUUGAUUUGUUUUUAACAGGUAAUAUAAUGGAGAGUGUUCUUAGCUAUGUUUCAAGAAAAUCGGCUCAGUUUUGAGAGAGCUACAAGGGAAAAGCUGUAUUUGUCGGGAGUUUUUAAAAUGUUGUAAAUUUCACUUGUCAUUACUCUAAACUUAGCCAUUUUGUUAAAGAUAUUCAAAACCAUGCAUUUAUUAAAAAUAAAUAUAUUUAGAUAAACAAUUAUAUUCUUCCUGAAUAUUGAAAUAAUACGCGUUUUUCAUGUUAAUUGCCCACCCAAUAUAUUUUAAUGUAGUACGAUUUACGAGACCAUACCACAGAAUAUUGUAAUUUUAUUGUGAUAUUAUUUACAUUUUAAUGUUUACAUGUAUAUUUUCACAUAAAUAAAAAAAUUAUGUCAACACCGCAAUUUCA